AUGCCUCACUCCGGACCACUCCGGCUCGCCGUCCUCGAGGCCGACACGCCACAGCCCCAGACCCGCGAGCGCAUCGGCAACUACACCUCCGUCUUCACACAGCUCUUCCAAGGGGCGUGCGAUAACUCGACGCCACCGAAGAAGCUCGACGAGGAGCUGACCAUUUCGGGCCACGGCAUCGUCGACGACCUCAACGCCUACCCCUCUCUCGACGACGUCGAUGCGAUUCUGAUCUCCGGGUCGCGCCACAACUCCUUUGACAGUGAUCCGUGGAUCCUGAAGCUCGUCGAGUACACACAAGCGGCGCUCGCGACGAAACGCGUCCGCAUCAUUGGCAUCUGCUUUGGCCACCAAAUCCUGAGCCGCGCUCUAGGGUGCAAGGUCGGCCGCAACGCCAAGGGCUGGGAGGUGGCCGUGACGGAUGUUGGCCUGACACCUGAAGGCAAAAAGGUCUUUGGUAUGGAAAAGAUGCGAAUCCACCAGAUGCACACCGACAUCGUCGCCGACUUCCCUCCCGAUGCCGUGCCCCUCGGUGGCAACGAUAUCUGCUCCGUGCAGGCCAUGUACGCUCCUGGCAAGUACAUUGCCGUGCAAGGGCACCCCGAGUUCACACAAGACAUUGUCACCGAGAUUCUCUUCAACCGUCACACGGUCGGCGUCUUUACAGACGAACUGUACAAUGAUGGCAUGGCUCGCGUCGCCAAUGAGCACGACGGCUUUGCCAUCGCUAGAGCAUUCCUCAAAUUUUUGCGGGACUAG